AUGGUCAACCCAACGGAGGAGACCAUCAAGGCCGUCCUCGAGAGCUGCGGCAUGAAAGCUGCCAUGUCCUUUGUCGGUGGUGGUGUGCUUGGUGCGGGUAUGGGUGUCUUCUUCGCUUCCAUGGAUGUCUCUAUGCCCUACAGUGUGCCUGGCAUGCAGGUGCCGGGCCAGCCCUCUUUCGAGGAGCGCUCCAACAUGACCACCCGCGAAACCAUCAGGUCCAUGGGCCGACAGCUUGGCUCUCGCGCUUGGUCUUAUGGUAAAUCCUUUGCCUUUAUCGGUUUUAUGUUUGCCGGCUCGGAAUGUUUGAUCGAAUCGCAUCGGGCCAAACACGACUCGGUCAACACGGCAGGCGCGGCCUGUUUCACGGGUGGCAUCAUGGGCCUGCGUGCUGGUCCUACCCCGGCGCUCUUUGGCUGCGCCACCUUUGUGGCGUUUUCUUUUGUAAUGGAUCAAUUGUUGGGUGGCGCCGGCUUUGAUGCUCCGUCAAAGCCGGAAAACACCGACACCACGCUCACCGCCCCGUCAGGAGCUGCCCCGAUUGCGGCACAGUAG